AAGCUCAUAAUUUAGUCCCUGAUCCAAACGUAUAUACGGGCACAAGCAAACUUGGCGUCCAAGCAUCCUUUUCUAUAUGUAGAACCCACUUUUGAGUCCCACCUUUCUUUUAUCGGUUAUACCCUUUGCUCCCCCUCUCUCUCUCUCUCUCAAGAAGUUGGUACAGUGCAAACAGUUUGGAAAACCAAACCUAGCUCAAUUAUACAUAGAGAAUACAUGUAGGAGAAGCAAAAGUGGGAUACCAAUAGAAUUGAUUUUCUCCCUACCAAAAACAAGAGGUGAAUCGGGAAAAACUUGUCUCGAAAGAGACAAGGGGAGGUGAUUUGUAAGGAGGUGUGAAGGAAAUCAAGGAUCUGUUUUUGGAUAUAUGGGCAUAUAGGAGAAAGAGAUGACAUGGUGCAAUGACUCAGAUGAGGAGAGGGGAAUUGAACUGGUUGCGCCCACUGUUACUCCUGCAACUAACAACACUCUUGUUACUGACACAAAACAAACCGAAAAUCGCACCAUAACUUGCCCCUCAUGUGGCCAUAACAUUGAAUUCCAAGAUCAGACAGGAAUCAAUGACUUGCCGGGGUUACCAUCUGGUGUGAAAUUUGAUCCGAAUGACCAAGAGAUAUUAGAGCAUUUGGAAGCAAAGGUACUUUCUGAUGUUCCCAAGCUCCAUCCCCUCAUUGAUGAGUUCAUACCAACGCUUGAAGGGGAGAACGGGAUCUGUUACACACACCCAGAAAAGCUUCCAGAGUUGCAGGUGUAAGCAAAGAUGGACAGAUCCGGCAUUUCUUUCAUAGGCCGUCGAAAGCAUACACAACCGGAACAAGGAAGAGAAGAA